UGAACACAAAUGUAUUUCUUUUCACGCCGUGUUAGUCUUAAGUGAAGUGAAAAGUUUAUAUAUACAUGCACGUCAGGAUAAAAUCAAGGCUCGUAUUAGUCAGGUUGAUCUUUAAGUUAAAUGAAUGUUUUGAAUCGUUUCGUGUAAAAUGAACUAUACAUAUAAGUUAUAGAAUUAAAUACUGAAAAAUGGAAUACAGAAAAAAGAACUGGAUGUUUACAUUAGCUGUAAUAUGCUUCUUCAUCAAAGUGGCAGCGUCAAACCAGGUAGCUCUGACGAGGGCUCUGUUCGAUGAAAACAGUUACGAUCCAAAGGUCAGGCCAGUGAAGAAUCUCAACACAACGACUACGGUGUCUAUUGGAAUGACCAUGAACCAAAUACGGGAGCUGGUUGAGAUAACACAGACUCUGACAUGUGCUAUUUGGGCGGUAUUGCGUUGGAAGGAUGAGUUUCUAACUUGGGAUCCAGCUGAUUAUGAUGGAUUGGACCUACUUAUAGUACCAUCUGACACUAUUUGGACCCCUGAUAUUACAUUAUACAACAGUGUUGAUGAAGAAAGGGGCUUCACUGAAAUAUGGAGUAACACAAAUGUGAGGAUUUCCCAUACAGGCGACAUACAUUGGAUGACAGUUGCUCAAACACAAACUACCUGCAGACUUUACAUUCGUGAUUAUCCAUUUGAUGAACAAUUAUGUCCUAUGAAAUUUGGCUCGUGGGUUUUCAAUGUGGACGAAGUUGAUGUGAUACCCGUAACGGAUGAAGCAUACACUGAUAAGUUUAUAGACAAUGAAGAAUGGGAAUUGAUCGAUGUUAAAUUGAUUAGACAUUCGUUGGAAUACGAUGGAGGAACUUUUUCAGAUGUUACAGCCUAUGUUCGCAUGAGCAGAAAACCAAAUUUCUACAUGUUCACUUUAUUAUUCCCAUGUAUAUUACUCAUGGUGAUAUCAGUGGCCGUAUUUUGGCUACCGGCAGAAAGUGGUGAAAAGGUGUCCCUUGGAGUAACGGUAUUGUUAGCCCUGACCGUGUACCAGUUGAUAAUUACAGACAACAUACCAUCCACUGCUGAAUAUGUGCCACUUCUGGCUCAGUUCUUUGGUGCGUCAGUUGUCCUUCUAGGAUUUUCAGUGAUGUCUGCUGUUUGCAUUUUAAAUCUCCAUUUCUAUGGCUGCUUCGGUGCGAGAGUUCCAAAACCCAUAAGGAAAUUUCUUUUUGGAUAUUGUGCUCCAAUUCUGUGUUUAAAGCCGCAUAUUCGUGACUUUCUCGAGCAAAUAGAGGAGAUGGAGUCCAAGGGAACAGGGGCAGAUGGCAAGACCUCUCACAUGCCCUACCAUUAUACAAGGAGAGAACAUAUGCAAGACGUUCCAAUAGUCAAUGGAAAUGGAAAGACCGCUCCCAUGGGAGACACUUUGAAUAAAUCAUUGGAAGAACUCAGGAUGACUCGAUUGGAUGCAAAAGCCUCCAGACAAGAGGAAGAACGUAAUGCUAUGUAUGUUCAAGAGUGGCAACUUGUAGCAUGUGUGGUUGAUCGAAUACUGUUUGUUUUCUUUGUAAUAGCCACAAUUUUAAUAGGCGUAUUCAUAUUCGAAUUAAGACCAGAAAAGGUAGACCUAUAUGAACGGUUGCGUAAAAAGGGAUAUUAAAUCAUGUUAGAUAGACCCAAUGCCGAAAAAUGUUGGAAACAUUAUUUAAUAAACAUGACUUUGUGUUCUUCACAAUGUAUUUGUGUGUUCCUCGUGUAGGGCUACCUGGUACAUUUAGAACUUUCAGAUGCCCCAUGUAAUUUUGAGACUAUGAAGGCAUAUGCGUGAACAAUAUUACGAAGGCAAAUUAUCCAGAUCAGCAUUUACUUUUUCAAAAUGGCCGAUCUAUUGAGCAAAUUGAGACAAUGUCUCAUUCUUCAAAUUGCUAAUUUCUUGAUUUAGAGCAUAUGCAUAGUUUUUUCUGCACGUUUUUUUUGGAAGACAGGUCCCGAAGCGCCUUGAUGUUGAAUGUAGAAUAACUAAAUGUUAACUAUAGAUUUAACAUGUGUCCAUUUAUUACUGUUAUUAUUAUGUGGCAUUACUUAACUUAAUAUAACGCAUUAAUGCAUAACGUGUGUAAUAUCCAUAAAGUGUACAGUAAUAAAUAUAACAUGAUAUAUUUUAUACUCAUACUCAUAUGACACGGCCUGAUUUUAGGCUCAUUAUCUGUUGACAUUUUUGAUAUCUCAAUAAUAAUUUUCAAAUAUGGU